AUGACUAAUUUAUCGAACGAUAUCAUUUCGGUUUUUCUUAAUAAACAAGUUCUUAGUUUAAAAGAUUCUAAUAUUAGUCUAUCGCUUAUUGCUCAAGGUAUUCAAUGUUAUACAGAAGAAGUUCGUCAUCAUGUUCAAUCACUGAGUCCGACAUUAUUUCAAUUAUCAUUCAAUAAAGAUAAUACAAUGAUAAUUCGUGUUGAUCCACAAAUUGAUAUUUGUGAAGCAUUUCUUACUGGUCAUUGUCAUAAUAUAGUAAAGGCAUGUGAUAAACUUCAUAUAUGUCGUGAAUUUGGUCAUUGCAAAAUUCGAGAUUGUCGUUAUCCACAUAAUUUUACUCAUGGUCAAAAUCGAAAAAUUGUUCAACAAAUGAAUUGUGAAAAUAUAAAUUGUAUAUUACUUGUUCGAUUAAUACAAAUGACAAAAACAUUGAAUAAUUCAGAAAGUUUAUCAAAUACUCGAUAUAUAAAUAAUUCAAAUAAAAAUUUAUUAGAAAAAGAUGAUAUAAAUAAACAAAUUGAUAUAAGUUAUCCAUCAAGAAAUCUUGCACAACAAAUUGAUAUGGAAAUAAUUGAAAUGAAAUUAAAAGUUAAAAAUAUAAUAAUUGAAAAAAAAUUUCAAGAAAGUGAAAAUGAAUAUUUUCGUCGAAGAAUUAUUCAAUUAGAACAAAUUAAUGGUAUUGAAUUUUAUUUUAUUUUUCUUAUAAUAUUAAAAUAUUUUUAUGUUUUAGAUAUUGAAAAAUUACUGUCUUCACCAAUUCUUACUUUUGAAAAUAUUGAUAUUAAAUUUAAACGUACAAAACAAAUUAUUAAUCGAACAAGUUUUCUAUUAAAAAUAUUAAUUAAUAAUCAACAAGAUAAAAUAACUGAAGGUCGAAUUAAAUUAUAUAUUUCUUUACUUGUUGGAAAUUCUAUUUCAUAUACAAUUAUCGAUCUUUCAACAAUAAAUGAACAAAUUUGUCUUAUUCAAUGUAAUAAUGAUCUAGACUUUGAUAAAGUUCGUCAACAAUAUCAAUCAAAACCACAAUUACAAGGCAAAGAUUUAUCAUUAAUACAAAUAUAUGAAUGUGAUACUGUUAGUAUUUGUUUUAUUGAUGAACAUAAAAUUAUGAAAUAUGAUGAUAUUGAAAAUAUUAUACAAUCUGUUAGAAAAAAUAUUUUUACUUUUCAAUUAGUUAAUGAAUAUUGUGCAGAAGUUGAAUUUAUAAAUGCUAAUGCUUUUAAAGAAUGGAUGUCAAUUGUUGAAAAAGUAAAGACAAAAUUUCACAUUACAGUUACACCAAUAAUUAACGAAAUCGAUGAUGAAAAUGCUGAGCAAAGUAUUCCUAAUUCAACAGAAAACAUUCCAUUUACUGUUAAUAAACCUAAUCCAGUUACAAUUACACUUCGUCGUGAAUGGUCUAUGGUUGUUGCUCAUCCUAUAUUUAAAGUGGAAUAUAAAGAUUAUAUUCGUAAUGAACUUGGUGGUGAAAUUGAAAUAAAUGGUAAUGACGUAACUUAUGCAGGUAAUUUUCCAUGUUUACCACGUUGUCCAAGCAAUCAAGCAAUUCUUGCUAAUAAAACAAAUAAUUACAUGCAAAAAUUAAAAUAUCAAACACUUCAUGAUCUGAAACAAUAUCAUGUAAACAUUCUUCGAGCUAAUUCAACUACUGUUGCAUUUAAUCGUAUUCAAAGAAAUGAUUAUAUGAUAGCAGGAAAACCAAAUGAUAUAUUUGAAUUAAGAAAUAAACUUUUCCAGAAAACUCAUCAAACUGAGCGUACAUAUUCAGCCAGAAAUUCUCAAUUUAAUGAUAGAUCUACUAGUCUUUCUACUGUACCACCAGUUAGUCAUACUUCUAUUUAUCCGGUUACAACAACAGAAGGUAUAAGUAUGUUUUCAAUAAAUACAUUUGAAGAUCGUUUACAACAACAUUUAAAAGAAACAUUUAAUGUAAAAGUAAUUAUUGAACGAAAUCAAACUCAUGAUAAAAUCAAAGGAGAAAAAAUUCAUAUUAUUAUUCAAUUAACUGGUCAAAUGAAUGAUGUUAAAAGUGCACUUAAUGAUUUAAUAAAUUUAUUUUCAUCAUUACAUACACGAAAAUUUGAUGAUAAAACUGAUGGAAAUUGGACAAAGAUUGAUGCAGCAAUUGAUGUUAUACAACAUCAUUUUACAUUAAAUAAUCUUCUUUGUAUAUGUCAAAAAAUGUCAUCAACAUGUGUUUAUGUUAAUUAUUUUGAUUUAACAAAUCCACAAUUUGGUAUUGAUGAACAAAAAAUAGAAGAUUUAAUUAAUAAUCAAUUUAGUUUAGCUACUAUUAUUUUUAAUCCACAAUCAACAUUAUCAAAAUUUACUAAAGAAUGGACAAAUUUAGAAGAUAUUAUUCGUAAAAGAGAUGAUUUUAAAAAAGAUAUUUGUUUUUAUAAUGAAACUAAUACUUUAUAUUUAUUUGGUUUAACAAAAUUAGUCAAAGAAUUUCGUCAAACAUUUGAACAAAUCAAAAAUAAAUAUGUUCCACAACCAUGUAAAAUUACACUUUCAGAUGAACAGCUUAAUUUUCUAAGAUAUGUAGGUAAAAAUGAUUUAAAUAAACUUGAAAAACAAUAUAAAGCUGAUGGAUGUGAUUUAAAUUUAUCUCGUCUUCAACAACAUGGCCAUUUUCUUGCACCACUUGAUUUACAUACACAAAUUAAAGAAAGUCUUGAAGCAUUAGCACAAAUUAGUAAAAUUAAAUUUGAAAUUAAGAGUACUGCUUUUGCUGUACUUAUUAACAAUGAACCCGAACGUCUCUUGUCUCUAGUCAAAUCAAAAUGUUAUCUUGAGAAAAAAAUUCAAACACAUCGUAGUUAUAUUUCAGUACCAAUAGCACAAAUAAUUGAUACUGAUGAUAGAUCACAACAAUCUCAAAGUGCUCAGAAAACAAAUUCAACAAGUAUUAAUAUUGAUAAAUCGACAAUUACGAUUGCAAUUGGGGAUUUAACAACACAAGCAGUCGAUGUCAUUAUUGUUUGUUCUACAUCAGACGUUCUUCGAAAAUCAAUUAUUACUAUAGCUGGUCCUCAAGUACAAGCUGAAUAUGAUGCAUCGCAUAAAAAUAGUCAACAAACAGCCGUAACAUCGAAUGGUACAUUACCCUGCAAAAGAAUUCUAUUUAUUCCAUGGAAAUCAAACUCACCAAAUCCAACUUCUUUAAAAACAUCUCUAAGUGAAUUUGUUUCUAUAGCAAUUACUUAUGUUUUUACUAAUGGAUUUAAAACUCUUGCAUUUCCAAGUGUUGGUUGUGGAAAAUUCGGUUUUGAUCCAUCUAUUAUUGCUAAACAUAUGAUUGAUGAAACAGUAAUACAAUUAGUAAGUAAUACAUAUAAUAUAGAUGUAUCAUUUAUACUUUUAUCAAAUCAACAAAAUGUUUAUGAUGCAUUUGUUACAUAUCUUAAUACAAUUCAAACACAUCCUAAAAAUCUACCAAAACAAAAUCCAAAAAAUACCACGAAUCAUCAUUCAAAGAUUCCAUAUGAAGAAAAAAUUAUUGAAAUAACUUUAAUUAGUUCAAAUAAUAAUUAUUUAACUGAAUGUAAAAGGGAUAUAUUAGAAUUAUCUCAUUUAUAUUUAUUUAAAACUCGAUUAACUGAUAAACAUGAUAUGAUUGAUUGGUCACAAAAUACAAUUAAUCAAUAUUAUGAUUAUUGUUUAAAACAACAUGUUAUACCAACACUUGAUUUUCAUACACUUACACUUGAAUUAAUUGGACCAAAAGAUUCGGUUCUUGAAGCAGAAAAACAUUUUUAUGAAUUAACAACUGAAACAUUUAAACAAGCACGUAUUCAUGCUGUAUCACGUGGUGUUAUUUGGUCAGUUGAAAUAACAUCAAAUUCAGAAACUUGGGAACAAUAUUCAUUUAAGCUUAAUGGAGUUAUUGAAGAUGCUUAUUUGAAAAAAAUUUCACAUGAAUUGCACGAACAGUUUUUUUUAUUUCUUUUGAAGGUUGAUUUUGUUAACGAUAAACAAGAAAAAUGUCGAGUAGUUUUUUCGAAUAUGCAAGAACAUUAUGAAACUAAUAUACGACGUAUACGACGAAAAGUUGUCGAUUCAUUAUUACCAGAUACUUGGGAACCGUCAAAUCAAAAUUGUAAACGAGUUUUAUUACAAUCAUCAUCAAAAGAAUAUCAAGAUGUAUUACAAAAAUUUAAUACGACAAUGAAUAAUCAAUAUACACGAAUUAUUAAAAUAGAACGUAUUCAAAAUGAAAGGUGGUUUAAACAGUAUGCUGCUCAUCGUGAUGAAUACAAACAACGUUAUGGGCAAUUAGACGAACGAUUACUUUUUCAUGGUUGUCUUGAAACUUCAGCUAAUCAAAUUGUUCAAGAAUGUUUUAAUCGAUCAUUUGCUGGUGUCAAUGGUGUUGCAUAUGGUUGUGGUGUAUAUUUUCAUUCGCAUGCUAAUUAUAGUCAUUCAUAUGCAAAGCCGAGUGGUUCGGGAGAACGUACUAUGUUCUUAGCACGUGUUCUCAUCGGUAAAACCUGUCAUGGUAAUUCGUCAAUGAAAGUACCACCAGCAGGUUACGACACAACUACAGAUGGACAAAAUAUUUUUGUUGUAUAUCAUGAUGCCGGUGCUUAUGCUGAUCAUCUUAUCACAUACCAAUAA